AUGGAUAUUAGAAAAUAUUUAUCCAAAAUUACUGAAAGUAGCUCGAAUUCUGAAAUGGAUCCCAUUAUCAAGAAGUUGAAGCUAGACCACACAAAUAAAACUGAACCAAUAUUUUCAAGUUCAGCUGGAAAUCCAACUAAUCCUCGAAUAGAGUUGAAGCUAGAUGAUGUUACCAGCGAACCGAUACCUUCUUGUUCAACUACCGAUAACGAUUUGGAUUUGGGACAAUAUAUUAUGUCUUCUGCAAAUAUAUCGGAUGGAAUGCGAUAUAAAUUUCUCGAACAUCCUUUCAAACCAGGAUCAGAUUACAAUUUCAAAAAUGAUGCUGUUAUGGAAACAAGAUAUUUCAAAUAUGAUUGGUUAGCUGAAUAUAACUGGCUUGUAUAUUCAAAGAAGUUGAAAGGAGUUCUGUGCAAGAACUGUGUGGUAUUUCGUCCAGUUUUGAGAAGAGGUGUAAUGGGUUCUUUUAUCAUUAAAGAAUUCACCAAAUACAAAGAUUGUCAUGCACAAGCCAAAGCUCAUAUGGGCUCAGAAUGGCAUAGAGACUCUAGUAUAAGGGCCAAAGAAUUUUUAGACAGAUAUUCUGGCAAAACCAAAUCAGUCUGUGAAAUAAUUGAUUCCCAUAUGAGUUCAACAAUAGAAAAUAACAGAAAACUACUGAAACCAAUAAUCUCCUCUAUGAUUUUCUGUGCUACUCAUGAUAUGGUUGUUCGAGGAAAACAUUCAGAGGGGGGCAAUUUCAAAGAUCUUUUGAAAUUCAGGGUUGAGAGCGGUGACCUCGGACUAUCUGAACAUUCACUAACAUGCAAAAAAAAUGCUAAAUAUACAUCUCAUCAAGCGCAAAAUGAAUUGAUUGAGAUAUGUGGAAACAUUGUUAGAAAAAACAUUGUAGAGGUAGUGAACAGGAGCGAAGGAUUCUCGUUAUUAGCAGAUGAAUCUGCCGAUAUAUCUGGAAAAGAGCAAUUAUCUGUUGGAGUGAAGUUCGUAGAUGCUUUGAAUAACAUUAAAGAUGAGUUUACUGAGCUAUUACGUAUGGACGCAAAAACCAUUGCAGAAACAAUUCUUUCUACCGUGGAUGAUUAUGGAUUGAAUUUGCAUAAAUUGAUGGGGCUAGGAUUUGAUGGGUGUCUAACAAUGGCGGGAAAAGAAAAUGGAGUUCAAAAACUAAUUAGAGAUCGAUAUUCAAAGGUAACAUUCUUUCACUGUUCUUCACAUCGACUGAAUUUGGUGAUAAAUGAUUUGAAUUCUGUGAGCGAGAUUCGAAACUGUGUUGGUGUUAUAAAAGAGAUCAUCAAUUUUUUUCGAGAUAGUCCACGCCGCCGAUCUCUAGUUCCCAAUAUCCCUUUGUUUUCUGAAACUAGAUGGACCGCCAAAUAUGAAUCGAUACGUUUAUUUUUCGGACAUUUUGUUGGAAUUAAAUCAGUGUUAGAUGAUUUGACUACAAACAGAGAUUUCAACCAAGCUGAGCAACUCUCUUGUUCGUCAUCUACUCCAAAGUUUAUCAUUUGUCUGAACCUAAUUUCUAAAUACUCAGCCCAGUUGGAGCCAGUUACCAAAAUCUUGCAGGGAAAAUCUGUAAAUUUGUUAGAUGUUCAAAAACACCUAGAAAAUUUGUUGCAGAUAUUCGAAAAUAAUAGGAAAGAUGGAAAUGAAUGUUUUGGGAGUAUUUUCACAAAAUCUAUGGAAAUUGCUAAUGAAUUUGGAAUAGAAAUACAGCAACCUCGCAUAGCAAAACGCCAGAUCAAUAGAACAAAUAUUGAGACGGCUUCUGCAGAAGAUUACUUCAGAAUCUCUCUUUUCAUUCCAUAUAUGGACUCCCUGAUAUCUUCCCUGAAAAUCCGGUUCUCUGAAGAUACGCGAACAGCCUUCUCAAUAUCAUGUUAA